AUGGUACGGGAUGUUAUUGGCAACAUCAACGUCAACCAUGUCACAAACUUCUUAUCGCGUACCUGUAACAAGCGUGUUGAGCGUCUACCAUUUGAUUCCAUUCCCGAGCUCUCUCAGUCGAAGCUUCAGAGUGCGGUACUCACCCUUGAGCUACCUUCGAUAGAUUCAUCACUUUCUACUGAAGGGAAGAAGGCCAUCCUAGAGCAACACGACAACUUUAUCUCGAGUCUGGCAGAGAAUUACUUUACGAGCAACGACUACACUCUAAUUUACCUUACUCAGAGCAUGUACUCUGCUAAAACAGCUGAGUCUUCCUCGGAAGCACAUGAGUACAACGCAGAGAUACCUUUCAUGCACAGUGGGGAGCUCGUGCGCAGAAAUCUUGCAGGCAGAAAGAAUGGAUCGGCGAACGGCAACCAGACUAUCGUCGAUGGACCACUGUUUGACAAGUACCAAUUCUUCACCCCAGGCAUUUUCAUGGGUCUUUUUGUGGGCCUCAUUCUCCUCGCCAUCCUUUACGUCGGCAUCUCUGCCCUAUCGAGUCUUCAAGUCACGUAUGGAGCUUUCGAUAAAGAGCAAGGACAGCUGGCUGCUAAGAAGCAGCAGUGA